CAUUCGACGAUCUUCGAUCUCUGUCGAUUUUUCACGGUCUCGCUCCUGCGGGAUCAUCACCGGGUGGCAAUUGUUGUUGUUGCUUCACCCUUCUUUUUCCAACAAAAUUGAGAGCAUCGAGUACGAUACUAUCGUACGAUACMAGAAGGUACAGAGCGAAAGUAGCGGCCAACCAGGAUCGAAAUUGUUACGGGCUACCCCAAAUAGAAAGAAGSCACCCAAAGAACAACCCGAGAGCAUACCUCGAUCGGAAGGAUGACUUCCCAAGACGACAACACCGACGCAAGCAAUGCCAAACCCAAGGCACCAUCCAAACCGAAACUCGGCCAGCCCUCGGCAUCGGAGGAAUCGGCAUCGAAAUAUCCCAACAUGGGAUUGUGCCAACAGAUCCACAAGCUCGUUGCAAAGGCAGAGGGAGCAACGGACGGGACCUUGCAGACCGAAGUACUGACUCGCAUACGGGAAGAACUGGAGAAUCCGUCGCUGUACGAAUCGGUCGAGCUCAUGCUKGGGGUYGAUACCGGGAUUUGGUCCGCCGCGGACCUCGCUUCCAAGAAGGAAGCCCACCAAAAGACGGCGGAAGAACUCGAGCAGAAGGUCGAGGACGCCAAGGAGUCUGCCGGUGACAUGGAGGUGAUGGAUGCCCGCGUGGAACUCGCUAGGUUUGCGGCAAAGUCGUUGACGGAAAACGAAGCCCUGGAGGCGUACAAGAAGCUUUUGGACCUGCCAAAGAUUUCGAGCGGGAAAAAGAUCGAUGCCGUGAUGGAAUCCGCCCGGGUCUCGUCRUUCUACGGGAAUACGAAGAAGGCGUCCGAAUUUACCGACAGCGUAAGUAUCGAACUACCGUGCCGUGGGAAAGUGCCACGGGAACACGGAGUGUGUUUGGCGUUGCACCGUGUGCGAUUGGGAACAACCCUUGCAGAAUCGAGUCGAAACGAAUCGAAUCGAUUCCGUGAUGCCCUCGAAGGAAGACGUCGCGAGCCCGUGUCGCGAGCCCGUGUCGCGAGCCCGUGACCACCCGCGCACAGAUAAGAAUGCUCAUUGAUGUGCUCUCUGCCCUUUUUGUCAAUUGUUCUCUAGGCACAAAAGAUGGCCACCGAAGGGGGUGGUGGAGACUGGGACCGUCGCAACCGCCUCAAGGUCUACCGUGGUCUUCAGCGACUCCUGGAACGAGACGUGAAAGGAGCUGCCGCCCURUUGAUUGACUGCAUUGCUACCUUUUCCUGUAACGAGAUAUGUUCCUACCAAGAUUUCAUUGUAUAUUCCAUCAUGUCAAACCUCUUGCACCUCCCUCGACCACAAAUCAAAGCAAAAAUUUUGGAUGGGCCCGAAAUUCUAUCGGUGGCGAAUGACAUCCCGGUAGUAGUAAGUAGAACGGACUGCCAAUGCUGGAUUGAUAGMACAUUGGCGUAUAYAUAUUUAUAUGCAUUGCUAGCAUGUCGACUCCCCCUUCUCGUGAGAAAAGCUAACGCCGACGCACCUAUUUUUUGAACCACUUCCCUAAUUCUUCCAACAGAUCAAAUUGGUGCAGUCCUUAUACGACUGUGAUUACAAGAAAUUCCUCAACGCGAUGGUAGAAGUGGAGCCUAUUUUGCAUGGGGACCGUUACUUCCAUCCACAUUUGUCCUUCUGGAUGCGAGAGCUUCACAUUUUGGCGUACAAGCAGUUUCUGGAUUCGUACCAAUCGGUAACUCUCAAAGCCAUGGCGGACGCAUUUGGGGUAAGCAUCGACUUUGUCGAUUACCACGCUAGCCGAUUUAUUGCGGCCGGUCGCCUCUCCGCCAAGAUCGAUAAAUACGGUGGAGUGAUUCUGACCAACCGACCAGAUUUGAAAAAUGCACAAUAUCGAGAAACAAUUCAGAAGGGUGAUUUGCUUCUCAACAGAAUCCAGAAGCUAGCCCGUGUCGUGGACUUGUAACRAAGAACAAUGUUAGUCAGAAAAAUAGAAUUAAGAAUUUAAU